CUAAUAGUUGUAGAUAAGUACGGCAUGUAGAUCCUAACGUGUCUGCUCAGUCUGUGAGUUUGCGUGGCGGAGUAGUUGUUCACCAGAAGCGACGAUCAAGUUAUGGAAUUUUGCGAUCUUUCUGAAAACAAGCAACUUUUUGUUUUUGCCCAAGGACAAGGAGCUGGACAUAGACACGCUUGAACCAUUAACGAAUUGAUUGCUUUUUUCCUAGUUACUGCGGCGUAAACUCGUUUUAAAAUGCUUCAUUAUCAGUUAUACAUCGUUUGGGUUCUAUUUGUGCUGAUUUUUGACUCGGCGUUUUCCAGUUACUCUGAGGACCAAUGCAGUUGGAAAGGAAGUGGGCUGUCCCAGCCGCCGGGCAGCGUGGAGCAGAUCUCCCUGCACUGCGCUGAGGGCUCCCUGGACUGGCUCUACCCGCAGGGGGCGCUGCGGCUCACGCUGUCCCCCCGGCUGCUGGGCCCCGGGGGCCGCGUCACGGCCUGCGUCCGGCCCGCGGAAGGUUUCGGAGGGGCCCAGCUGUAUGUGGAGCGGGACGGGGCCCUGGAGCUGCUGGCCGGGGACCGGGCCGACCCCGGCCGCCCCCCCGCUGUGCGCUGCGCCAGCCGGCGACGGGACGAGAGGGUGACGCUGUUCCUGCAGGCCACGCCCCACCGGGACAUCAGCCGGCGAAUCGCGGCCUUCCGCUACGAGCUGCAGGUGGACUGGCCCCCCGCCUCUGACCCCGUCAGCGGAGAAGGUGCCUGCAGACCCUGCAAUGACACAGAAAUACUAACGGCCGUCUGCACCAACGACUUCGUGGUGCGCGGGAGCAUUCGUUCGGUGCGGGACGAGCGGGACCUUCAGACGUCCGUGGUGCGGGUGGCGGCCGCGCGGGUGUUCCGGCAGAAGCGCGCCGUGUUCUCGGCGGCGGGCGGGGAGGUCCGCACGCCCCUGCGCUGCGGUGUCCGGCCGGGGGGCGGCAGCUUCCUGUUCACGGGGCGCGUCCGCUUCGGCGAGGCGUGGCUGGGCUGCGCGCCGCGCUACAGGGACUUCCGCAGGGCCUACGAGCUCGCCAGGGGGGCGGGCCGGCUCCCCUGCGAGCUGCCGUCUGACUGAGGACGCCCGCUCGCCUCCCGAAGCCCGACCGGACCGGACCGGACCCGCUGCAGCCGACCCCGGCCCGGGCGGGUCGCUCAGGUGCUGGAGGGGGGCCGUCGGCACUGACACCAGACCCAGGGAAGAACCAGACCCAGCCCAUUGGGUCCUGAGAGGACUUUCACUCCGGCGACGGUCCCUCCUCGUCAGUGUGUUCCAGAAGCCCAACAGCCUUGUCAUGGUGGAGCCAUUUCUGACCGUCUGAGGAUGUUCUGGGCCAAGCAGUCGAUGAUACAGUGAUGGGGCCAGGUUCUGCCUGCUUUGUGGGAGACGGGCAGGCCUGCGGGUGAAAAGCAUUCCCCAAUGCAGGACUGGGAUUCAGAAAGGGUUAUGCUGCCCUGUGUGCACAUUACGGCAGUUGAUUUCGAUGACCGUGAGGGAUAAUGAAAAAUACUCAGGAAAUGAAUGACUUGCUCCAUUUCCUAUGUGGAACCUACCCGCACUAUCAUAUAAAAUAUCAUGCUAUCAAGAUGGAUGAAACUGAUCCAUAGAUUUAUUUUUUAAUUUUCAUUGUAAGUAUUGACACUGUCUUUAAAGGAUGAAGUAUUGUAUAAAAUUCAAGCAUUAUGAGUAAGCAUCUCACACCCCCAUGAUUUGUUUGUUGGUCUUGUGACUUUCAAAUGACCAUGGGUAAGAUGGGAUGAUUCCAUUCAGAGGAAAUGGGGGGAGCUAAGGUUUUCAUAUUUUGACUUUUGAAUAAUUGCACUGUUGAGGAAAAUGGGACGUAGGUGUGUCUAUGAUCCAAGCACUGAGAAAUUUUGAAACCAAAUGAAAAUAAGCGAUUUUAUGUAGCCUGUAUAUGGAGAUGAGAACACAGAAUUUAAUAUAUUACAAGGGUGUCUCCAAAGCUAGCUUUGCUAGUUACCAUGGCUGACUAAUUGGCAGACUGUCUUAAAUUAUAUAUGGAAUGGUCACCUUUCUGAUAUUUUUGGACUAAACACAGGGCACUUUUUCUUGAUAACCCUGUAUAAUCAAAUUAGUUUUAAUACAUGUUUGUAGUGUAAGUACUUAAGGUAUUAUGUGUAUCCAGGCCAAGCUGCUAAUGCUAUUACUGGUAUUAAACUAGACAUCUCUGCCUUUACCAAGAAAUCUAUCGCUGGGAGCCGCAGUGGUGCAACAGGCUAAGACGCAGCAGACUCGCGGUUGCAGUUUGCUGCAGUUGCACACCGGGGACCGGGUCAAUUUCCAGUCCUGCCAAAAGCCAAGUUUGGCCGGCUCACGAGGAGUGACAUAACUGGCUUGCUGCUCCAGAGGGAGGGGCUUGACAGGGUUAGCGGAUCGCCGCACACAACAGCACCCCGGGCGCCUUGGAAUCAUGGUCACCAGCAUGAGACGAGACGGCUUGAAGAAGGCCCAAAAAAAAAAAAUCUAUCACUGCAGGAUGGCUCUUUUCUUUUGGAAAGGAGUAUUUUGUGAUUUUUAAAUCUCUUUUGUCCAUAAUCACCAAGUUUGUGAUUGGUUUUUAUUUUUUUAUUUUUUUAUUUUUUUGCCCUCAUGAAGACAGGAAGUGCUGGAGGUCACAUGACCCAUUUCAAAGCCUAUAGGUCAGCGUAUAGUUAGGUGAUGUAUGACCAUUACCAGUGGCGAGUAUCACAUGACGGUUGGUUGUGCCCAUCGCUGAGACUUAGACUGUAUUGAACUUUGACCCUAUGUCAUGGCUGAGAUGUCAUGACAUUAUUGUAGAACAUUCUCAUAUCCUGUCAUUAUCUUUAUCAAAGUGUCAAGAACUAGCUUCCAUGUCUUAAGGUCACAAAUGACUCCGCUUCCGUGUUGGUGACAAUGGAUUGAUUACCAUUGGCUGAUCCAUACAUUGCCUAACUUUAAGAUGGCCUCAUCAGCCUUAUGUGUGCAAUAUGGAAUGCUCUGUUCUAAUGUACUUUCAUAAUCUGCUGUGAUGUCAUUUUGGCCAUUAAUAAUGACCACAGAAUUCCUCAUAUUAUUGUGUUUCUAUAUCGAUAUAAGCUGAAACUGCCAGUGGUUUUACCUUGUUCGGAUGAUUUGGAUGGACUCUAUUGAAGGUCUUGGACUCUCACUCUUAUUGUAGUGUGCUAUGUCCUGAUCUUUCGAUACGUUUUAAAAAGUUAUUAAAUUUUGACUUGUGUAAGUCUUUUAAAAAAUGUUCCAGUGAUGGUUAAGAUGCUCCUACAUUUUGUAUUAUUUUGUAAGUGUGAAAAGAAGCACAGCACCAGCUUAACUUUGUUAUUGUUAAGAAAAUAUUGCAUUUUGACCAUAAAAGGAAUGCUGCUCUUCUGGGUGCACACUUUAAGAGUUUAUUUAGUAAUGAGUUUAUUGUACUAUAUAUUUGAAGUGCACUACAUUUAUAUAAGGACACUAAAAUAAGGUGUGUUCUUGUAGUGUUUGAAAGAGCUAUAUACUGCCAGUUUUACUGUUUCUCAGUGUUAGUAUUUGCAUAUGUUGGUCAUAUUAAAGGGCUCAAGAGCAAAAAUAUGCCAGGAAAAUCAACACGAAAUGUAAGCAGCUCUAU